AUGGCCGCUCUCACCGGCUUCUCCCUUCUGGCCGUUGUCGGCUGCUUCGCCCAGCACACAGAGCUGCAGCCCCUGAGUUGGGAUGGCUGCCUGCUUGUCCUCUGCGGCUGCCUGCUCAGCCUGGCAAGACGUCCUGCAAAGGAGCAGGGCGCCCAGCCCCUUCCGAACCUCAGUGAGGAGAGCGGCUUCCUCGUCUACUCGCCGGCGGUGGCCUUGCAGUGGAUGCUCCUCCGGGUAACUCGCGUCUACCCGGUGUAUUGGGUCGCGGUCAGCUUGGAAGACGUGUGGGAUAACCAAGUUUUGGGAGCCGACUGGAUCCUGAACCCUUUUCAUCUCGUCUCGAUGUGCCUGAGCACCUUCGCGCGAAUCGCCGUCCAGGAGCCUCGGCGGCUCUUCCUCCUGUCGGGAGUGCCCGGGAACACCCUACCGACCUUCUGGCUCUUGCACGUGGUGGUGCUGGUCUACCUUGUGAGCCCUGUCUUGGAGUUCUGCCUCUUCCGGCCCAUCAGGACUCAGAGAGGGCUGUUGGCCAUGGCCGGGCUCUGCUUCACCCUGAAGCUGAUCAUCGUCGUUUGCGCCGCCACCAUCCUUCAGGGUGGCGGCUUCCAGAAGGGCGACCCGUGGUACUGGCACAGCUUCCUUGGCACCACGGUGCCCUGGUACAGCUUCGCUCUCUUCCGGCUCCCAGAGGUUGCCCUCGGCAUGCUCGUGCCCUACUUCGCCGCCGCGGACUUCCCCGGGCUCGUCACGGCCGCGGACGUGCUGGCAGCCGCGGUGGUCGCGUUCAUGUUCCUGGUGCCACAGACGCCGCUGACGUACCUUUGCACGGACAUGAACUUGCAAUGCCCCGUCACGGCCUGGAUUCUGUGGGGCUUGUGCUUCGGGCCUCGCAAGAGCAUCCUUGGGCAGUUCCUCAGUUCCCCCUUUCUCGUUCAGCUGGGAAAUGCCAGCUACGGCUUCUACGUGUUUCAGCAGCCUGUCCUGAGAACUGUCGGGUUGUUCUACCCGUCCUCGAAGGGCGGUAAGAGCCUCCUGGCCUGCCGCUACGACAACGGCUGCCUCCUGUGGCACCAGAGCUUCGGGGACUUCCUGGACGUGGUCCUGACCAUGGCCACCCUACUUCUCUUGGGCUGGCUGUCCCGAAAAGUGGUGGAAGAGCCCGGCAAGUGGUGCGCCCGGAAGUUGCUGGGCCUGGAAGUCUCCAUGGAGCCCUUCCAGAGGAGGUGGCUUCAGGCCGCGGACGUGUUCCGGAGCCUUGUCCAAAUGAUCGUCUACGCAUGGCCCAUCACGCUCUCCUUGGACUUGGUGGCCACUUGGAACAUGGGUGCCGCCGCCUCCGGCUUCUUCCUGUCAUGGGACCAGAUUGGCAACGUCGUGGGCCUCCUUGUGGGCCACUUCCUGGGCGCUGCCUCCUACAGCUUCCGGCGCCGCCUCAUCAUCGUUUGCCCUCUCUUUGCUGGAGGCUUCUCGCUGAUCAUGCCGCACAUCCUCCACCUCCCCGGGAUCAGAGGCUACUAUAUGGGGCUCAUCCUGCGCUUCCUCAUCGGACUGCUGCAGGGCAGCUGCAUCACGAACAGCGCCAUCACACGGCUCCUGACGCCGCGCGAGGAGCAGGUGGGCCUGUCCAUGUUUGUGAACUUCAGCUGGACCGGUGGCGUCGUGAUGGGUGUUGGUUUGCCAUGGGCCAUCUCGACAGUCUGCAAGAUGUCUGAGCUCACCCCUCCUGUCUCGGCCAUGGACAGGUCUUGCGCCUGCGCCUUGGCCUGUGGUGGCCUUUUGAUGCUGGUCUCCUGGAUGAACGCAGUGAGCUUGCCACUCAGCAUGGAGGGCCUUCCGACCUACGAGGAGGCUGGCCACGAGGAUUCUCCGGAUGCCAGUGCAUCCAGCGCUGAAAUGAAGGCUGAAGGCAAGGUCGACAAAGUGCCGGGCUCCUGGAUUACUCUGACCGGGCUAUUCUGCCAGUUCUUGGGUUCCGUUGGCUACACCGGUGUGGAGGUGUCAAGCUCUCUUCUACUCGAGGUGCAGUUCUCGUGGGACAUCGAUGCAGUCAGUUUGGGUGUCAGCGUGGUGUACUUGAUCGCGGCGUUCGGGAGCUUGUUGAUGUUCCAGCUACGGGAGAAUCUAAACAUCAGUGACAACCUCUUGGUCGUUGUCAUGUCCGUCGCAGGCCUCAUUGGCAGCCUGUCCUUCUAUGACUUUAUCAAUGGCCCGUACGUGCUCCUGGUUGGGAGUGGCAUCAUCUAUCCGUGCCUGAUCUGCUGUGUAGGGAUCGCCGAAGGCAACACCUUCCUUCAUGCAAAGGAUGGGACAUGGCGUUCAAUGGAAAAUCUCGUGACGCUGUCCUACUUGACGGAUGCGUGGUCCAAGUCCAUUUCGCCCCCAGUGACGCGAGGAAUGCUGGAAGGCUUCGGUCCUAACGUCUUCGCGACAUAUCAGCUCUUGAUCCUCUCCUUCCAGUGGUAUGCCCUUGAGAAAGUGCUGCAAACUGCGUGA